CCGGACUAUCCAAGCACCCCGCCGCACAAGACCUUCCGCAAACUGCGACUGUUCGACACGCCGCACACGCCCAAGAGUUUGCUUUCCAAAGCUCGAGUAAUUGAUUCCAGCUCUGUUAAACUUCGGGGUGGUUCUCUAUUCAUGGACACAGAAAAAUCAGGAAAAAGAGAAUUCGACACACGGCAAACUCCUCUAGUGAACAUUAAUCCUUUUACUCCGGAUCCUGUAUUGCUUCAUUCCUCAGGACGGUGUCGUGGCAGAAAGAGAGCAUAUUUUAAUGAUUCAUCCGAAGACAUGGAAGCCAGUGAUUAUGAGUUUGAAGAUGAAACAAGACCUGCUAAAAGAAUUACAAUUACUGAAAGCAAUAUGAAGUCACGGUAUGAAACUGAAUUUCAUGAGCUGGAGAAAAUUGGUUCUGGAGAAUUUGGUUCUGUGUUUAAGUGUGUGAAGAGGCUAGAUGGAUGCAUUUAUGCCAUUAAGCGAUCAAAAAAGCCAUUGGCUGGCUCUGUUGAUGAGCAGAAUGCUUUGAGAGAAGUCUAUGCUCAUGCUGUGCUUGGACAGCAUUCCCAUGUGGUUCGCUAUUUCUCUGCAUGGGCAGAAGAUGACCAUAUGCUUAUACAGAAUGAAUAUUGUAAUGGUGGGAGUUUGGCUGAUGCUAUAAGUGAGAACUACAGAACCAUGAGCUACUUUACUGAAGUAGAGCUAAAGGAUCUGCUUUUGCAAGUUGGCCGGGGCUUGAGAUACAUACACUCAAUGUGUUUGGUUCAUAUGGAUAUAAAACCUAGUAAUAUUUUCAUAUCUCGAACCUCAAUCCCGAAUGCUGUCUCUGAAGAAGGAGAUGAAGAUGACUGGAUAUCCAACAAAGUUAUGUUUAAAAUAGGUGAUCUUGGACAUGUGACAAGAAUCUCUAGUCCACAAGUUGAAGAAGGUGAUAGUCGAUUUCUAGCAAAUGAAGUUUUACAAGAGAACUAUAGCCAUCUCCCGAAAGCAGAUAUUUUUGCUCUUGCUCUCACAGUCAUAUGUGCUGCUGGUGCUGAACCUCUUCCCAGAAAUGGAGACCAAUGGCAUGAAAUCAGGCAGGGUCGAUUACCUCGGAUUCCACAAGUACUUUCCCAGGAGUUGACAGAGUUGCUAAAAGUUAUGAUUCAUCCUGAUCCAGAAAGAAGGCCUUCAGCAAUGGUGCUGGUGAAGCAUUCAGUGUUGCUGUCUGCAUCUAGAAAGAGUGCAGAGCAGUUACGAAUAGAAUUGAAUGCUGAAAAAUUCAAAAAUUCUCUUUUGCAGAAAGAACUCAAGAAAGCCCAGAUGGCAGCUAAAGUUGCAGCUGAAGAACGGGCACUCUUCACGGAUCGGAUGGCCACUAGGUCCACCACCCAGAGUAAUAGAACUUCUCGACUUAUUGGAAAGAAAAUGAACCGCUCUGUCAGCCUUACUAUAUACUGAACUGCUCACAUCCCCCACUGCCCACCCCCCCCCAAAAAAAAAAACUGUGACAAGAGGAAGCUAGGUUGAAAUCACUGCUAGAAUCCGCUUUGCAAUUACUUUGUCCAUUGGUAUCAGUAGUUUUCCUGAAAUGCCUUUUAGGACUUAUGUGAAUUACAGUUGAGAGCUAUAUUCUGACUUGGUUAUGUCAGGUUUUUGUCUCAUCUUCCCGUCUGUUUCAUGUAGGAUGUCAGUCACUGUUGGAUGUUCCACCAGCCUUUGCAGGGUUAACCACCGUGGUGGUGUGCUGCUUAUCAUUCACUGUUGCAGUGUGAUGAAAGGUAUCUUGUUACGACCCAUAGAAAGGACUCAAGGGCUUUACUGCAAACAUCCUCUCCCUUCAAAAAGGGAAAUGCUCAGAGACUCAGUACUACUCAGCCUCCACAGUACCUGUGUCAGUCUUAUGUUUCUUUUUUUCUAUUGUGAAUUAUACUUGUAUAUCCAACUGGGAGCACUUUAGGCUCGUGUGCACCAUGGGAUGGUCAUUCUGUGGAAGCCUUGCCUUGUGAAUUUGCUGCUAUUUUAGUUUCCUCUUGCUGUAAAACUAGCAUUAAACAAUCAUUGUUGUUAAUAGGCUUUCUUUCAAAACAAUUAUGUGAAAUAUGUAGCUGCUCUUCAUGGAAAGCAGCUUUGCCUUUUUUUUUUUCCUUUGGACUUUGAAGCUAGUGCAUUGAAAAAGUGCACCUGUCCCCUUCCUGUUUGAAUGCUGUAUUAAUGUAGUAUAAUUAUUACUGGUUUUGUAAUUUUUUCUUAUAAUGUCCUUCUCUGACUUUAAAACAUGUUUCCUCCUGUCAAGUCCUGUACUUGGUUGUAUGGUUAGUCUAUUUUUAAAUGUUUCGCCCAGUUUCUCUUCAAUAUUUGUGUAUAUAAAUUGAUCUUGGUAAUACUGUACAUAGCUGUUUGAAAUGCCAGAAUGACUUCUGACUAUUCCAAGUUUUACACAAAAUACAUUUUAUCUGUGAUUAGCCAUUUGACUAACAAGGUUUGGCUAAUAGAUGUUGCCCUCCAAAAGGGGGGGAAAGGCUCAUUUGUUUUCCUAUUAACGUUGGUCUGAAAAACAUUUGCACUUGUCUGUUUGACUUGUGUUUUAUUAACAUUGACUGGUGUAUUAAAAGUCACUCUGUGCUUACCUUAAUUGUCUAAA